CCCAGGAGGAGGGGAGGGAAGAGCUAGGGGGCCGGGCGCUGGGAAAGGGUCGCUCCGAGGCCUCUUGGAUGGGGGGUGCGGCUCGCCUGAGCGCCCCUCAAGCGCUGGUGCUCUGGGCCGCACUGGGAGCGGCAGCUCACAUCGGACCUGCACCUGAUCCCGAGGACUGGUGGAGCUACAAGGAGAAUCUCCAGGGAAACUUCGUGCCAGGGCCUCCCUUCUGGGGCCUGGUGAAUGCUGCCUGGACCCUGUGCGCUGUGGGGAAGCGGCAGAGCCCCGUGGAUGUGGAGCUGAAGCGGGUUCUUUACGACCCUUUUCUGCCUCCGCUCCGGCUCAGCACCGGGGGAGAAAAGCUCCGGGGAACCUUGUACAACACUGGCCGCCAUGUCUCCUUCCUGCCUGCACCCCGCCCUGUGGUCAACGUGUCUGGGGGUCCUCUUCUUUACAGCCACCGACUCAGUGAACUUCGGCUGCUGUUUGGAGCUCGAGAUGGGGCUGGCUCUGAACACCAGAUCAACCACCAGGGCUUCUCUGCUGAGGUGCAGCUGAUUCACUUCAACCAAGAGCUCUACGGAAAUCUCAGCGCUGCCUCAAGGGGCCCCAAUGGCCUGGCCAUUCUCAGCCUCUUUGUCAAUGUGGCUGGCAGCUCCAACCCAUUCCUCAGUCGCCUCCUCAACCGGGACACCAUCACCCGAAUCUCCUACAAGAAUGAUGCCUACUUUCUUCAAGACCUGAGCCUGGAGCUCCUGUUCCCAGAAUCCUUUGGCUUCAUCACCUAUCAGGGCUCCCUCAGCACUCCUCCGUGCUCCGAGACUGUCACCUGGAUCCUCAUCGACAGGGCUCUCAAUAUCACCUCCCUCCAGAUGCACUCCCUGAGACUCCUGAGCCAGAAUCCCCCCUCCCAGAUCUUCCAGAGCCUCAGCGGUAAUGGCCGGCCCCUGCAGCCCUUGGCCCACAGAGCCUUGAGGGGCAACCGGGACCCCCGGCACCCCGAGAGGCGAUGCCGAGGCCCCAACUACCGCCUGCAUGUGGACGGUGGUCCUCAUGGUCGCUGAGACCCUCCGACACGAGGAUUACCCCCGCCUGUCCUGACUUCCUCACCAGGGAAGGGGAGCCACCCUAAAGCAAAGCUAUUAAAGGGACCGGAUGUUUCCAGCUUCUGGGCGGUGGGAUUCUCAGUCGCGAUUGAGAAAUAUCUGGGUAUUAAAAAGUAAUUUUUCCUGAA